GACCAGGCUGGCCUUGAACUCGGCUGUUUCUCUGUCUCCUGACUGUUGGGGUUAAAGGCUUGCCUCCCCCCCCUCCAUGGCUGUGGCAUCUUUGAAUGAUUUUGGCAUCUGGCUGAGUUGUUAAGCAGUUAGUGUGUGAUUUUUGGUGUAUUGUCCUUUGUUCCUUGAGAGGCCAUAUUCCUUUCAGCAGCUACUGUGAGAAUUUGGUGGUGGAGUUACUGACGUCGUCUUCUGAGACCUGGGAGAAAAACAGUGAAGCUGGCAGCAAAAAUAGUUUUCAAGGCUGGAUACCUAACAUGUCAGGGUUACUUACAAAUGCUUGAAAAAUAAAACAAAAUGAGCUGGGCACUGGAAGAAUGGAAGGAAGGUCUCCCUACUCGAGCCCUUCAGAAAAUUCAAGAGCUUGAAGGACAGCUGGACAAACUGAAGAAAGAAAAGCAGCAGAGGCAGUUUCAGCUUGACUCUCUGGAAGCUGCACUGCAGAAGCAGAAGCAAAAGGUUGAAGAUGGAAAAACAGAGGGUGCAGACCUGAAAAGGGAAAAUCAAAGACUGAUGGAAAUAUGUGAAAAUUUGGAGAAAGCGAAGCAGAAGGUUUCUCAUGAACUUCAGGUUAAAGAGUCGAAAGUGAAUUUUCAAGAAGGUCAACUGAGCUCAUGCAAAAAACAAAUAGAAAAACUGGAACAGGAACUUAAGCGGUGUAAAUCUGAACUUGAAAGAAGCCACCAAGCCAUACAGUCUAUGGAUGUUUCUCUGAAUCCAUGCAGUACACCCCAAAAACUUUUUACAACUCCACUCACACCAAGUCAGUGUUAUAUUGGUUCCACAUAUGAAGAUCUAAAAGAAAAAUAUAAUAAAGAAGUUGAAGAACGGAAAAAAUUAGAGGCAGAGAUUAAAGCUUUGCAUGCUAAAAACGUGAGCCAGCCUGUUCCCCAAGCCACCAUGAACCACCGGGACAUUGCAAGACAUCAGGCAUCCUCAUCAGUAUUUUCUUGGCAACAGGAAAAGACCCCAAGCCACCUUUCAUCUAGUUCUCUGAAAACUCCACUUAGGAGAGAUGUCUCCGCUUCUCAUUUUUGGGGAGAAGAAGUGACUCCUAACAGAUCAAGUCUGCAAACAGGGAAAAGAGACUGCAGUAGCAGCUUUUGUGACGAUCCCAGUAGUUCUCAGCUUUUGGAACAGGUCAAGGCCCAGAAUCAGGACCUAAAAAGCAAGAUGAAUGAGUUGGAACUACGCCUACAAGGACAAGAAAAGGAAAUGAAAGGCCAAGUGAAUAAAUUUCAAGAGUUACAACUACUGUUGGAGAAAACAAAAAUGGAAUUAACUGAAAAAGAGAAAGUUUUGAACAAAACCAGGGAUGAGCUAGUGAGAACCUCAGCACAGUGCGACCAGGCAGCAGCCAAGUGUAUUACCUUGGAACAAAAGCUAAAAAAUUUGACUGAGGAGUUGAGUUGUCAGCGACAGAAUGCAGAGAGUGCCAGAUGUUCUCUGGAGCAGAAGAUUAAGGAGAAAGAAAAGGAGCUUCAAGAGGAGCUGUCCAGACAGCAUCGAUCUUUCCAAGCUCUGGACCAAGAGUACACUCAGAUGAAAACCAGACUUACCCAGGAGUUACAGCAAGCCAAGCAUGCACUCAAUGUCCUCCAGGUGGAACAGGAAAAGGUCGUAUCAGUGAAGCAGCAGUUAGAAAGGAGUUUAGAAGAAUUUAGGCAAAAGCUCAACAAAACAGAACAAGCCCUUCAGGAGAGUCAGAUCACAGAGAAUGAGCUGAGGAGGAGCACUGAGGAAAUGAAGAAGGAAAACAGUCUCAUUAGGAAUCAGUCUGAGCAAAGGGCCAGAGAAGUCUGCCACCUGGAGGAUGAACUUGGUAAAGUCAAAGUGUGUUUGAGCCAGAGCCAGAAUUUUGCAGAGGACAUGAGAGCUAAGAAUACCUCUCAGGAAAUCAUGUUGAGAGAGCUCCAGGAAAAACUAAAUCAGCAAGAGAACUCACUAAUAUUAGAGAAACUAAAACUUGCCUUAGCUGAUCUGGAAGGGCAGAGAGACUGUUCACAAGACCUGUUGAAAAAAAGGGAGCAUCACAUUGAACAACUGAAUGAUAAGUUAAAUAAAAUAGAGAAGGAGUUUGAAGCUUUGCUGAGUGCUUUGGAGUUAAAAAAGAAAGAGUGUGAAGAGUUGGAAGAAGAGAAAACUCAGUUUUCUUGUUGGAAAAGUGAAAAUGAAAAACUUAUAAAUCAGAUAGAAUCAGAAAAAGAAAGCUUACAGAGUAAAAUCAACCACUUAGAAGCCAGUCUCAGGACGCAACAAAUACAAAGUCAUGACUACAGUGAAAGAGUAAGAACACUGGAAAUGGAAAGAGAAAACCUUAAUGUGGAGAUUAGAAACCUCCACAGUAUGAUAGACAGCAAGAUGGUAGAGAUCGAGACACAGAAACAAGCCUACUUGGAGCUGCAGCAGAAAGCUGAGUUCUCAGAUCAGAAGCAUCAGAAGGAAAUAGAAAAUAUGUGCUUGAAAGCUAAUGAGCUCACUGGGCAAGUCGAAGAUUUGGAAUAUAAGCUUCAGUUACUGUCAAGUGAAGUAGUAACCAAAGAGCAGCAGUACCAAGGCUUGCGUACUGAAUAUGAAACGCUGAGGGAUUUGCUCAAGUCCAGAGGUUCUCUGGUGACAAAUGAGGAUAAUCAGAGAAGUUCUUUGGCUUUUGAACAGCAGCCGACAGUGAGUGACUCCUUUGGAAAUCUAAUGGGGGAACAAGGAAGCAUGUAUUCAGAAAGGAGUGACUGCUUUGUAGAUGGGGACCAAACUUCAGAAAAUCUAUCUGUCUUACAAAAUAGAGUCACUUCACUUGAAAGUUCCCUGGAGUCUCAAAACCAGAUGAACUCGGAUCUUCAAAAGCAGUGUGAAGAGUUGCUACAAAUCAAAGAAGAAAUAGAAGAAAACCUCAUUAAAGCAGAACAGAUUCAUCAGAAUUUUGUGGAUGAAACAAACCAACGCAUUGGUAAAUUGCAGGAAGAUUCUGCAGUUCAUCAAAAUAUUGUUGCUGAAACUUUAGCAACCCUUGAGAGUAAGGAAAAAGAGUUGCAACUUUUGAAAGAAAAAUUAGAAGCUGAUCAAACAGAGAUUCAAGAAUUAAAGAAGAGUAACUGCCUUCUUGAAGAAACUCUGAAGGAGCUACAACUUUCGUCUGAAACUUUGAGCUCAGAGAAGAAAGAAAUGAGUGACAUCAUCUCUUUAAACAAAAAAGACAUUGAAGAGUUAACCCAAGAAAAUGGGGCUCUCAAAGAAGUUAAUGAGGCCUUAUGGCAGGAGAAAAUGAAUUUACUCCAAAAACAUGAGGAGAUUUCCAGAUGUGUUGCAGAACAAGAGAGAAGCAUUUCAGAGUUGUCUGAUCAGUAUAAGCAAGAAAGACAUCUGUUGUUACAACGAUGUGAAGAAACAGAAACUGUGUUGGAAGAUCUCAGGGGUAACUACAAAACAGCACAAGAAAACAAUGCUAGGUUAGAAUGUUUGCUCAGUGAAUGCACUGCUGCUUGUGAGAAUAGGAAAAAUGAACUGGAGCAGUUAAAGGAAGCAUUUGCAAAGGAACAGCAAGAAUUUUUAACAAAACUAGCUUUCAGUGAAGAGCAAAACAGGAAAUUGAUGCUGAAGUUGGAGAUAGAGCAACAAACUGUGAAAUCUAAGAUUACAGACACCAAAAUCUAUUCUAAGAGUGAGACUGAUGGUCUAAGGCAAGAGACUUUAAAGGAAGAGCAAAAUAAAAAGGAAAAGGAAGUUAGCAACUUACAUGAGAACGAGCAACUAAUGCAGUUAACUCAGACUAAACAUGAGCAUUAUCAUCUUGAAGUAGAAUCAGUUGAGAACUCUGUAAAAGCAACAGAAGAUGAGAUAAAUAUGUGUAGUUCCCAGUGUCAGAUGGAUAUUGACACUAAAGACAUUUCUCCCGACAGUUACAAAGCACAGUUGGUACAACUAGAAGCUUUGAUUAAAGUUAUGGAAGUAAAGCUUGAUCAAAGUGAGGAGGAGAAAAAAACCCUGCAUCAGGAAUUACAAACAAUUAGAGGGGAGCUAGAAACUGUGAGUUCACAGGACACUCAGUCACAUGAAAGGAUUGGCCUUAAAGACUGUGAAAUAGAAGCAGAAGGAAAGUAUGUGUCAGUGCUCCAUGAGUUGUCAACAAGUCAAAAUGAGAAUGCACACUUGCAGUGCUCUCUACAGACAGCAUUGAAUGAACUAACUGAGCUAGGGAAAGUGUGUGAAGUACUGAAGGUUGAAAAGUUAAAACUACAGUCUGAGCUGAAUGACUCUAGAUCACAGUGUAUUACAGCAACUAGUAAAAUGGCAGCAGAGGUUGAGAAGUUAGUGAAUGAAGUGAAAAUCCUAAACCAUGAAGGUGUUCUUCCUCAGAGCAAGCUAAUGAAAGAUGUGUCAGAUGUGUUGCAUGAUAAACGAAACAUGACUCCUUUGGACAGUAGCGGUUUCUGUGAACAAAUAACCUUGUCAGACAAAGAAGUUCCAGUGCACUUUGCUGAGUUACAGGAAAAAUUUUCCUGUUUACAAAAUGAACACAAAAUUUUACAUGAUCAGCACUGUGAGGUGAGCUCCAAGAUGUCAGAGCUGUGUUCCUAUGUUGACACAUUACAAGCUGAAAAUUCUGUCUUGUCAGUGAAUCUGAGAAACUUGAAGGGUGACUUGGUAAAAGAGAGGAAGCCUGGAGCUGAGAAUGGACAUACUCUGUCAGUGUCGUUCUGUGGCACAGACAGCCCUAGUCUGACAAAUUUUGGAGAAGCUUUGUACAAAGAUGUUUUAGAACAAACUGACAACACAUCUCUUCUAAGCUUAGAAGGGAAUGCUUCAGCAAACCCUUGUAAUGUAGAUGACGUGUCUUACAGCAGUCUUGAGGAGGAAAAUCUGACUGAGAAAGAAAUUCCUGCUGCCUCUGUGAGGACUAUUGAAGAACUUGAAAUCCUAUGUCAGGUGUACUUGCAGUCCCUGAAAAAUCUAGAAGAGAAAAUCGAGAGUCAAGGGAUUAUGAAAAAUAAAGAAAUUCAAGAGCUUGAGCAGUUAUUAAGCUCUGAAAGGAAUGAGCUUGGCUGCCUUAGGGAGCAGUAUUUGUCAGAAAAGGAGCAAUGGCAGCAGAAGCUGACAAGUGUGACUUUGGAAAUGGAGUCCAAGUUGGCAGAAGCAAAACAACAGACGAAGAAUCUGUCCCUUGAGCUUGAGGUAGCACGCCUUCAGUUGCAAGAGCUGGACUUAAGCUCACGGUCUUUGCUUGGCACUGACAUGGAAAAUGCUGUCCAGGGCCAAAAUGAUAGUUACGAUAUAAAAGAAUCAGAAGUGUCUGUUUCAGAGACUACAGAGAAAACAUCAACGCAGGACACUGAUCAGACUUGUGAUAAAGAUGUUCAACAAGACCUUUGUCUAGAAACUUUAAUUACCAAGACUGAGACAGCCAGGUUCACAGGAGAGGGGUGUGAAGAGCAGUCCCUACAGACCAAUUGUGAGGCAUCAGCAGAGGACAAAACCCAGGACUAUUCGGAAUGCAUUUCUGAAUUGUUUUCUAGUCCUAAUGUGUUGAUACCCAUGGAUAUUCUGGAAGAUCAGGGGUCUAGCCAGAAUCUCCAUUUGCAGAAAGACACAUCAAAUGAGAAUUUAAGAUUACCUCCUGUAGUAGACGACUGGGACAAAAAAGUUGAAAGUUUGCUAAAUGAAAUAAAAGAGUCAGGUUCAAAACUUAGUUUACAGGAAGUACAACUAAAGAUCAAGAUUGAAACAUGCAUGCAAUUGGAAAAAAUAGUCAAGGACCUCAAGAAGGAAAAAUCUGACUUAAGUGAAAAAUUGGAAUCCCUUCCUUGUAACCAGGAGGUACACCAGAGAAUAGAAAGUAGAGAAGACCUUGUUUUUGAUGUAGAAUUGGGAACAAGUAAGUUAAGUGGAGCUAUUAAAGACAGUGCAGCCAACAUAGAAGACAAUUGGAAGGAAAAGUUUCUUGAUGUGGAAAAGGAGCUGAUCAGGAUCCAGUCUGAGAAAGCUAAUCUUGAGCAUCUCAUCCUCUCUGUGGAAGCUGACUUAAAAGUGGUUCAAGCAGAGAAGCUUCAUUUAGAAAGAGACACUGAAAGCAAGCAGAAGGUUAUUGUUGACCUUAAAGAAGAGCUAUUUGUAGUUAUAAGUGAGAGAAACAGGCUUUGUGGAGAAUUAGAUACUGUGUCAGAAGAAAGAAAAGCACUGGAUCAGAUGUCUAAAAAGAUGAAAGAGAAAGUAGAAGAGCUGGAGUCUCACCAAAGUGAGAGCCUCCGUCACAUUGAGGUGGUAGAGGCUGAGGUCAAGGACAAAGCAGAGCUCCUUCAGACUUUGUCCUUUAAUGUGAGUGAGCUAACAAAGGACAAAGCCCAUCUCCAGGAGCAGCUGCAGAGUUUGCAAAAUGACUCCCAGGGAUUAUCUUUGGCAGUAGGUGAACUGGAAAUCCAAAUUGGACAACUGAGUAAAGAGAAAGAAUCACUGGUCAAGGAGUCUCAAAACUUCCAGGUCAAGCUGACUGAGACAGAAUGUGAAAAGCAGAACAUCUCCAAGGCCUUGGAGGUGGCACUCAUGGAGAAAGGUGAGUUUGCAGUGCGGCUGAGCUCAACCCAGGAGGAGGUGCAUCAGUUGAGAAGAGGCAUCGAGAAACUGAGUGUGCGCAUCAAGGCAGAUGAAAAGAAGCACUUCAGUACCGAGGAGAAACUGAAGGAAAGCCAACGUGAAAAUGACUCAUUGAAGGAUAAAGUGGAGAAUCUGGAGAGGGAAUUGGAAAUGUCAGAAGAACACCAAGAGCUGGUGAUUCUUGAUGCUGAGAAUUCUAAAGCAGAGGUGGAGACCCUCAAGGCACAAAUGGAUGAAAUGGCCAAAAACCUGAGCGUUUUUGAGUUAGACCUUGUCACAGUUAGGUCUGAAAGGGAAAAUCUGACCAGGCAACUACAAGACAAGCAGAGUCGAGUGUCAGAACUGGAUGAGUUGUGCUCUUCCUUUAGAAGUCUGUUGGAAGAAAAGGAGAAGGCAAGAGUACAAAUGGAAGAAGACUCUAACUCUGCAGUGCUGAUGCUUCAGACACAGUUACAAGAGUUCAGUGAGCAAAUAGCAGCCCUGUGUAAUGACCAGGAAACCUCGAAGACCCAAGAACAGAGUCUAGACCAGGCAGGGGAAGAAGUGCAUCCCUUGAAAAGUAGCAUUCAGAAGCUGAAAGCUCGCAUACAUGCUGGUGAAAAAGAGCAGCACUGCCUCCUCGGACAGCUGAGGGAAAGUAAGCAUUAUGCAGAUGUGCUUAAGGACAGAGUUGAGAACCUUGAACAAGAAUUGAAGCUCUCAGAGGCAAACAGAGAGCAUGUGACUCUCAAAGCUGAGAGUUCCAAAGCAGAGAUACAGACUUUAAAAUCAGAAAUACAAGGAAUGGUCCAAAACAUCCAAGAUUUAGAGUUAGAACUUACUAAUACAAGGUCAGAAAAUGAAAAUCUUAUGAAAGGAUUAAAACAGGAACAAAAGCGAGUGUCUGAAUUAGAAACAAAAAAUUCUUCUAUUGAAAACUUACUAAAAGAAAAAGAACAAGAAAAGGUACAGAUGGAAGAGGAAUCCAAAAUAACAAUGGAGAGGCUUCAAACUCAAUUAAGAGAGCUAAAUGAGACAAUGAUUUCCUUGUGCAAUGACCAAGAGGCCUAUAAGACCAAAGAACAGAAUCUGAGUGGUCAAGUACAAACUCUUGAAGUUGAGAAGGCCCAGCUGCUGCAGGAUUUCGGUGAGACCAAGAAUAAAUACAUUAGUUUGCAGUCUUCUGUAAAUGUCCUCACUCAAGAAAUAAAAGAUGGCAAACAGAAACUAGAGAAGAAGGAGGAAGAGGUCAGGACACUGGAAGACCAACUUAAAGGUCAAGAACAGCUUGUAUGUAAACUUUCCCAGUUGGAAGGAGAGCAGCAACUCUGGCAGAAACAGAAAGUAGAACUGGGAAAUCUGACUGUGGAGCUGGAGCAGAAGAUCCAAGUGCUGCAAUCCAAAAACAGCGCUUUGCAGCACACCUUUGAAGCACUGCAGAAUUCUUACAAAAGUUUAGAAAGUGAGCUUGGAUUGAUGAAGACGGAGAAAGUAUCACUUGUGCAAAGAAUUAACACAAUGAUUGGGAAAGAAGCACAGCUACAGAGGGAGCUGCAUCUAAUGGUACAGAAAACAACAAGGCUGAAAGAAGAAUUCAAUAAAGAGAAAAAUAGGCUAACCGAAGAAUUAAAAGUUCCAGUAGAAGAAUUAAAGAACCUCAAAGUAGAGCAUUGUAAAUCUGUGAAUCAGCUUGAGAAGGAAUUUCAGCGUGCUCAGGGGAAAAUAAAGUUGUUGCUCAAAUCUUGUAAACAGCUGGAAAGAGAAAAGGGGAUGCUGGAGAAAGAGAUCUGCCAACUUGAAGCUGCACAGAAGCAGAAAGCUGGUACUGUUGUGGGUGAUAAUGUAGCUAAAUUAAUGACUGAAAACAAAGAGCUAAAAGAGACUCUUGAAGAAAAAAUCAAGGAAGCAGAUAAGUACUUGGAUAAGUACUGUUCCCUGCUUAUAAGCCAUGAAGAGUUAGAGAAAGCCAAAGAGAUGCUAGAACUACAAGUUGCUCGUCUGAGUUCACAACAAUCCAAGCAGCAUCUUCACAGUUCUUCUUUACUGAAUUCUUCGGUUCCAGGACCAUCUCCAGCCACUUCUGUCAGUGAGAAGUCAACAUCUGGCCAAAGUAAAACUUCAGGCAAGAGACAAAGGUCCAGCGGAAUUUGGGAGAAUGGUAGUGGGACACCACCUUGUGCACCAGAGACAUUUUCUAAAAAAAGCAAGAAAACAGUCAAUAGUAGCGUGCAUCCUACUGAGGACAAGGAAGAGACUAAGUUUGAACUAGAGGGACUCCCAGAAGUCGUAAAAAAAGGGUUUGCUGACAUUCCUACAGGCAAAACGAGUCCAUAUAUCCUGCGGAGAACUACCAUGCCGAUCAGAACCAGCCCCCGCCUUGCUGCGCAGAAGUUAGUGGGAUCCUCCCCAACACCAGGCAAAGAAAACAUUGCAGAGUCCUCAAAACCAACAGCUGGUGGCAGCAGAUCACAAAAGGUCAAGGUUGUUCAGCAGAGCUCUGUGGAUUCAUGCACUGCCAUACCAGAAAGCCUAGAGAAGUCUCUCACAGCCUGUAAUGUUCCUGGGAGAAACUCUGCGGAGAGCCCCACGGAGGACUUGAGCAUUAAACAGGGCUACCCUGCUUCCAGCCCAGCUGCUGGGCCUAACCCACCAAUCAAUGAAAACUGUCGUGUCCAAUGAGAUGUCAGGGUUCUGGAAGGUGGCAGUAGUCAAAACAGAUACAGUAGUCAGUAGUCAAACCUGCCUGUGAGGACUUGUCUUGAGCAAAGAGCACUUUAUAAUUGAAUCCUUAUGCUCUAUGUGUGGCCUUCAGGUCUCCGAUAUGUAAGAUGGGAAAAGUUUGGAAGCACUUCUUACCAAUUCCUUGUUCUUAACCACAGGUGUAAAUGGUAGUGGCUAGAGCUUGAGAAUUUGCUGCAAUGAAAUGGAAAGCGCCACGGUGAUUUGUGUGAAUUUUACAUGUAAAAAACCCUGCAAUGAUUUGGUUUAGGAUCUUUUUGUGUAAAGUGUUGGCGAGAAAUAGUUGAUCUAAGAAUUUGAGCUGAGUGACAUAAGAACCUGUAUGAGUGGUGUGUUCAUUCUUUCAGUGUGUUUCAUAACCUUCUGCUCAUAUAACUAACCUGUUGAUGUGUGUGGGGCAUUGGAGUGUGUAUUUAUUUGUAAUUAGUUUGAUUGUUACAGACACCCUAGAGGUGGUGUAGAUCAUGUUUACGUGCACUGUGUUUUUCUUGUUAAAGUCAUCAUAGUUCUUUGGUAUACAUUGCUGUAUCUGGUGAUAUAUUAAAAUUUGUUCUCAUAAAAAUC